UUAAAGAAGUAGAUAUUUGGGACCAUAGGGUGAGGUGUCAUUUCCAAGGGUGACCCCCCAAUCCGAAUGUAGUUGAUUCUAUUCAAAAACCCCUUCUCUCUUCUCUCUCUCUCUCUCUCUCUCUCUGUAGUUUUCUUUCCUAAUUUAGGGUUUGAUCGUCCGAGCCAUGGAUGUUGAGACAGCAGAGUUUCAAGAUUGGGAGAUGCUCCACCCGAACCUCACCUCUGACUCUGAAUCGUUAAUUACUGCUGCCUCAGCCGGAAACACGAACGUUCUCGACGAUGAAAUUGGAUUAGAGACGGGUGGUAUAGUUCAGGUCAAUUACUUCUCUAUAGAUUCUCAGAGCAGGUACAUGAGUGGUUUUACUUGUGCUGAUGGAAGCGAUGAGGUUUCUGAAGAAUCGGAUAAUCCGAGUUGGAUUGAUCCCGGUUCAGAAAACCGGUUUACCAUGAAAAAUUCCGGCGAAUUCUGGUCUGAUUCCGGCAGUGAACAGUCCGAAACACGAAAAUUCGGUGAAUAUGAAGGUAGAGAUGAACUGUGUUUCCAAGGAAAUGAAGAGAUAAAAAGUGAAAAUGGAAAAAAUCCGGAAAAUGGAGAAGCUGAAGAUGAAAAGAAGAAUGAAAUAACUGAAGUAGCAGAACAGAGGAAAGCAGGGGAACAGACGAGGAGCGCUGUGUGGUGGAAGGUGCCAAUUGAACUUCUAAAGUUUUGUGCAUUUAGGGUUAGCCCUGUGUGGACACUUUCUGUAGCUGCUGCUGUAAUGGGAUUAGUUAUUUUGGGUCGUAGAUUGUAUAAGUUGAAGAAAAAGACUAAGGCUUUGGAGCUGAAAGUAACUGUGGAUGACAAGAAAGUAUCUCAAUUCAUGAUCCGUGCUGCACGCCUUAACGAAGCAUUCUCUAUUGUGAAGCGAGUUCCUUUGAUUCGGCCACAGUUGCCAGCGGCUGGAGUUACACCGUGGCCUGUCAUGAGUUUGAGAUAGUGUGUAAUAUUUGGUAAAGAAAAGGAUACACAUACAGUUGAAGUCCCAUUUGGUAAGUGAUCAUGCUUUUGCGCUUGUAUAAUCUACUAUGUCUAUUUGUGCUGCUGUUUGUAUCUUAAAGAUAUGUAUAAACUCAUUUAUAAUUAUAUGUAAUAUCUCUUGCAUUGGCUGUCAAAAAAAGGAAGUAGAUAUUAGAAUGA